AUAGCUGAGGUUUCUGUUUCUCAAACAUGCCUUUCUCAUUUACCAAUUUAGGAAGCUAUGGAAUGCAAAGGAUCUUCUCUGGCUUAUUAUAUCGAUAAUAUAAUACUUUAUUAUUUUAGGGCAAUUUGAAAGAACAGAUUUUGCAAAACAUUUAGCAGAUAAUUUCUACGAGCUCUGCACAUUUCCUCUAAUCGAGCCAUUUCGCAAAGACACUGUGACCACAGCAGCCGGCGGACGCCGGGAGAGUGAUUUCCCUUCACAUCACACACGAAUCUCACUGCAACACGAGAACCAUGUCGGCACCGCAGACCGGCGAGGCAGCAUCCCCCCUUCAGAUAUGCAGGAUUAUGCGGCCAGACGAUGCCAACGUUGCGGGCAACGUCCACGGUGGCAACAUCCUCAAGAUGAUAGAGGAAGCCGGAUGCAUUGUCGGCACGCGGCACUGCAACACACAGAACGGGGACCACUGCUUGGCAGCUCUGGUUCGGGUGGAGAAGACAGAGUUCCUGUCCCCCGUGUUCAUUGGCGAGGUCACCCACGUCACUGCUGAGAUCACGCACACCUCCAAGCACUCGCUGGAGGUCCAGGUCAAAGUCAUGGCUGAGAAUAUCCUCACAGGUGCCAAAAAGCUGGCCAACAAGGCAGCGCUGUGGUACGUCCCCUGCUCUCUGCAAAAUGUUGACAAGAUCAUGGAGGUGCCACCCAUCAAGUAUGCUAGUGCUGAACAAGAGGAAGAGGGCAGGAAGCGCUAUGAGGCUCAGAAGAUGGAGAGACUGGAGACCAAGGCGAGGCCUGAAGAGGUGAUGCCAUCUCCACCCAACCCAGAAAAGCACACUGUUGGCUUUAGCCAGUCGACUCUGAUUCAUCUGGUGGGCCCUUCAGACUGUACACUACAUGACUAUGUUCAUGGAGGUGUGACCAUGAAGCUGAUGGAUGAGGUCGCUGGCAUUGUGGCAGCUCGUCACUGCAAUACCAAUAUUGUCACUGCCUCAGUGGAUGCCAUCAAUUUCCAUCGCAAGAUCAAGAAAGGGUGUGUGGUGACGGUGACGGGACGACUCACAUUUGUCAGUAACAAAUCAAUGGAGAUUGAGGUGUUGGUAGACGUGUCCUCAAUAUUGGAGGCACAGAAGGGGAAAUAUCGUGCUGUUUCAGCUUUCUUCACCUUCAUCUCCCUGGACAAGGACAAUAAGCCCCUGCCUGUCCCUGCCCUUAAGGUUGAAGGCGAGGAUGAGCAGAGACGUUUUGACGAGGGGAAAGUACGUUACCUCCAAAAUAAAGAAAAAAGGCUGUCAGAUAAGACGUGCGGGCAGUGACGCUGCCACUCAGAAUUUAACACCUGCAGCAACAAUACAAUAACCCCACACAAUAUGUAGUAUGAAGAAAACAAAGUAAACAUUUUCUGCUUUAUGAUUAUUGCUUUCUCUUGAACCUGAACUUGUGAUUUUUUUUUUCCUGUGCUACACCAAAGUAUCCACAUAUACUGUAUAUGUAUGUAAGAGUACAUAAUAUAUUUUGGAGAGAAUUUUAAUGACGUAUGAAGACUGUUUUUAUUUUUUCGAUCACUGUCUCCUGUCUCUGUGUAGAAGAGUACUAUUUUGUUUGUGGAAGAUCUGAAGACUUAAUUAUCAUGUCAGUUUAAAGUGAUAAUCUGAGCACAAGGAAACUGAUGAAUAAGCGAGUGAGUAAUAAUGAAUAAAAGAUCCAAGUGCUAGUCUGGGGCUCUCGCCUUGUGUCCUUGCUAGUUUGAUGAUGGUGAUGUCAUUGUCUUGGGCAUGCCUUGGCACAGAGGGCACACGCUAUCCAUCUUUUCAGCACUGUGUCUUUCACAGAGAAAUCAGGGGAGCUUGGGGGUUUUGACUCAACUUGCAUCUCUCCCACAUUACCCCCUCCCACUUCCUCUCUGCUCUCACCCUGCUUUGCCUGUCUAUCACACUAUGCCUUACCACACUCUCUUUUCCCUCUCCUCAUUACGACCUCUUCUCAUCCAGUUCCAUUCUCCCAUAAUGUUGCUUUCUUGCUCCUGAGUUUCUCUUUAUUUACCUGUCUGUCUCCCUUGUUGCCUCUUGUACCCAUAUUGUUCUCUUAGUCAUUUGAGGAUUCAUCAUUGUCUGAUAAACAAACUGAACUGGAUAAAAAAAAAAAA